UCUUCCCGCGGCGCGUGGCGGGCAUCGACCCGCUGUUUAAAUACAAACGGUCGACUCGGGGGGUGCGCCCAGGUGCAAGCGUCCGGUCGCAGUGACUCGCUGCUGAAGGCUGGGUCCCGGUGGCUAUCUCUGGUCGCAUAUGCUGCCUCCCCCUCUCCCUGCUGUGCGGGGCCAGAGGCCUUCGGGGCCCUCUUCUUUGCUUGGCGGCUGCUGGGGAGGCUGGUGAGAGUGCGCCCCAGAUUAAGCAGGGGAAGCCUCUCCCCGCCGCCCUUACCGAGACCACGGGCGGGAGCGGAUGACCAGAUCCAACCUGUACUUGUAUCUUACUCUUCUUCAAAAUACUUAUUCUGCUGAUACUGAAGAGGAUGUGUUCCAAGGACAUACUUUGUUGUCAGAAAGUCCAUUAUCAGAGGAGCUUCGGUCCCAGAGGAUUCAUUAUUCAAGGUUGGUUUUCACUUAUUCAUCUGCUUUCCAUCUUCCAAACUUUUGUUGAUACUUCUCCUGUCAUGUGGAAUCCCCUCUAAUUCAUUUUGCCCUGGUGAAAAAUUAGAUUAUUUCAAAAGCUGGAGCUGAAUGUAAUGUUAAAUAAUGGCAACAGGUGACUUAAAAAGAAGCUUACGGAACCUAGAACAAGUGCUUCGCUCACUAAAUUAUCCUCAAGAGGUGGAUUGUGUUGGUUUGGUAAAGGGAGAUACAGCAGCAUCCUUGCCCAUCAUUAGCUAUUCCCUUACCUCAUAUUCACCUUAUGUAGCAGAACUUCUGAUGGAAUCCAAUAUAGAGCUCAUAGCGAAGAAUGACUUGCGCUUUAUAGAUACUGUCUAUAAGCUUCUUCGUGAUCAAUUUAAUUAUAAACCAAUCUUGACAAAAAAGCAGUUUCUCCAAUGUGGAUUUGCAGAAUGGAAAAUCCAAAUUGUUUGUGAUAUUUUGAAUUGUGUGAUGAAAAAGCACAAGGAAUUGAGUGGUCUUGAGAAGAUUCCAUCACAACAAAGAAAGAAAAUCAGUUCAGUUAAGUCAGAACCUUCUUCAAGCACUGAGAAAACAUCCACAGAACUUGUUGGCAUUGACAUCACUGGCAGGUUUAUGACUUCAGGAAAGAAAAAAGCUGUGGUGAUCCGUCACCUGUAUAAUGAAGAUGGUGUUAACAUUCCUGAAGAUACGAUAAGUACCGUAACAGAUGUUAGUGGAACAUUUGAUGUGUGUGACUUAAAGACGACUGAAAUAAAGCUUCCUGAAAUAAAGUUCCCUGAAAUCAAGUCUGAACAACAAGAUAUUAAAAUUAAUCCUGAGAUUACUGCACUACAGACUAUGCUUGCUCAAUGCCAAGAAAAGCUUCAGAAACUGACUUUGGUAGAGAGUAGAUUAGACUCUUUGGAAGAAAAAAUGAAAGGAAGAGUGAUGGUAAAUGAAAAAACGUGGACUAAUCUUCUAAGUCGUGUCACUCUUCUUGAAACAGAAAUGCUUUUGUCUAAAAAGAAUAAUGAAUAUAUAGACUUUAGUGAAACAAAUGAAGACUAUGAAUCUAGUAAUGACAUGGAUAUUCUGAAUCCUGACAGAAAAAGCAAAGAUGAGAGGCAAACAAGUAUUCCUCUAUCCUCUGGCUAUAGUACAGUGUCAUCAGAUUCAACUCCCAGAACCUCAACUGGUAGUUACUGUGGUUUGAAAGAGAAUUCAGAGGAAACAACAAUCCAGAAAAUGGAAAGGAUGAAAAAAAUGUUUGAAGAAACCGCAGAGUUACUGAAAUGUCCAAAUCACCAGUUAUAGAAUUUUCUGCGUGAACUUCUCUAGGCCUUUGGCUACUGUACAUGUUGUAUAUUUUAAGAAUUCUCUAUAAAUUUUAAUAUACUGCAAUAUUUUUAUGAAGAAUUUGAAUUCCAUUUGGUAUAUGAGUUUUUUCAAUAUUGAAUAAAUACUUAUUUUUAUGCUAUGAUUACACUUCUUUACUCUGUUUUACUUUUUUAAGGAAAACUUAUGUGCCAGUACAUUUCUUUUACAGAGUGAAGUCAUUACAGCACUGUAUUUUUGUGUUGACAUUUGUUGGCAGUGUGCUAAGUAAUAUGUUUUUUAAAGUACAGACUUGUGGACCAUGGUUUACAUCCUGUUGGAAACAUUCCAACUGGGACUUGUGUAUUGUACCCAGGAGGCUCUCAUGCACACCAUCUUGCCAUCUGUACUGACUAAUAUGUUGUAAUGAAAAGGCAGAAAUGCUCAUUGAAAAUUAAAUAAAAAUACAAUUUUAUGUUUAAUAAGAAAGGAGUAAUACAUUUUUAGUUAACACUGAAAAGAGUGAGGGUAUGAUUUUCUUUUUGUAUUUAGCAACAGGUCAGAAAGUUCACCAUGAAAAAUGUGUUGAGUAUUUUAGUGCUCUAUUCCAUAACACAUUUUAAGACCAGCAGCACAGACACAGAUGGUGGCCAUCCAAUAUUACAAGAUACACAGUAUGGUUUUUGUUUUCUUUUAAGUGAUGGGAAGUUACAUAUUUUUCUAGAGAGAGAAAGGUCUUAGAUGAAGUUAAAUCAAGAGAAAAAUGAAAUUCACUUUAAAUUACUAGAUAUGUUACUAGACAAAUGAUCUUUUUUUAACUUUAUACAUGAAAAAUAUAAUAAUAACCCUGGGUAAUCUUUAAGAGAAUUGAUUCCAUUAUUUGGAAGGAAAAAAGGUUUUUUUUCUUUUUUAUUAUUAUUUAGAUCAUCUGAUUGUAUUUUAUUAUCUGUUUAUAUUCUGUGUGUAAUUUGAUAUUGUCACAUGAAACUAACAUUAAAAGUUGAUGUUAAAUUCUG